AUGGAGUCCUUCCUGGAGGAGUUCCAACAUCUUAAAUUCCAUCUGGACGAGAUAAAGUUAGCCACCAACAACUUUGAUAACAACAACGUUAUUGGGAAAGGUGGAUUUGGGUAUGUGUACAAAGGAGUACGCUCUCAAUGUGAGGGGCAAGAUGUCGUGGCUUUCAAGCGUCUUGAUCGUAGAUAUGGGCAAGGAGACCCUGAGUUCUGGAAAGAGAUCUUGAUGCUUUCUCAUUACAAACAUGAAAAUCUCAUCUCUCUUCUGGGAUUUUGUGAUGAAGAUGGUGAGAAGAUCCUUGUGUAUGAGCAUGCAUCUCAUGGAAGCCUCGAUAUCCACUUAAAUAGCACUACUCUCACAUGGAGGCAACGCCUCAAGAUUUGCCUUGGGGCUGCAAUGGGACUUUGCUACCUUCAUGAUCCAAAGGGGACACAACAAAGAGUUAUCCAUCGAGAUGUAAAAAGCUCCAAUAUUUUGUUGGAUGAGAAUUGGAAUGCUAAACUUUCAGACAUGGGAUUGUCGAAAAUAGGACCUGCUAAUCAGCGGCACACCUUUCUUGCCACCAAUGUUGUAGGCACCUUUGGGUACUUAGAUCCGAUGUAUCUGGCCACGAGCAUUCUAACAAAAGAAUCAGAUGUAUAUUCUUUUGGUGUGGUCUUAUUUGAAGUAUUGUGUAGGAGACCAUGCUUUGAUUAUAACAAUGGUCGCUUGCAAUGUUUCGUGAAAUGGUGGAAAGCAAGCUACAAACAAAAGAAAUUGGAUGAGAUUAUCUUUCAAGAUUUGAAGCAAGAGAUGGAUUCGCGUUCAAUGGAAACAUAUUCAAACAUUGCUUAUCAAUGUUUGCAGAAAUCUCGUGAUGAAAGGCCAAAGAUGUCUGAGGUUGUGGAAAAACUUGAGAUGGCUUUUCGAUUUCAGGAGAUUUUUGAAGAAUCAAUGGUCUACGAAGAGAUCAUUAAGAAUGCGGUACCUCCUCUCAACUACAGGUCCGAAGAGGAGCUAAAGAUGCUUCUCACAAAAGGAAUCUUCCUUAACCGGGGGAAAAAGAGGUUUUGGCUAAAUAAGAAUGGAGAACAUUGUGAAAUGAUAUCUGCAGCAGAAUGUUUGAUUCCUAUUCGCACUGUAUUUGAGUAUUAUUAUCGACGAACCAAACCAAGAUUUAUAGCAUCUUCGUGCAGAUUUGCAGUAAAUGGCCAUCAACCAUUAUGUAUGGAAUUCAAAACACAUGUCAAAACGCAAUUUUUGUCACGGUAUAUCACAUACACUGUAAACCUUGUGUUCCAAUUGAAGUACACAAACUAUUUAGGCCUCCAUUAUAGAGUGGUGGGGGAGACAAAAUCAUGGACUUCUUACUUAGUAGAUAAGAGAGAAGAUGGAUGUUUGAUGACAGAAUUGUAUCAGUUUACUAGCGACAACAGAAAUGUUGAUCUUGAAAUUACAUUUCUAUCCGAGGAACCAUUGAUAGUUGAAGGCAUGGUGUUUCUGCCACUGGAGAGAGUGGAGCAAGAAGUUGUAGAGGAUGAGGAGGUGGAUAUGCAAACCAUAUCAGAUUCAGACACAUAUUGGGAACAAAAGUUGCCAAGUGAUUAUGAAGACAUAAUCAAGACAUCAAAAGAUAGUGUGCAAUGGACAACAAAGAAGGAACUCUACUAUGUUCUUUGCAAAGGGUUCCUAAUCAAUGAUGGCAAACAGUGGUUUUCUCUUGCAAAAGAUGGGAAGAAAUGUUAUAUGCUUCCAGCUCGAGUGGUUGUGAAUAAACGACAGUGGAGUUGGAGGUCCUUACCUGAAUCAAGAUUUGGAGAAGUGGCCUAUGAUCCUCAUGGCAACUUUUCGAUAUAUUGCAUAUUAAAAAUGCCAUCACCUCAAAAAACAUAUGGAGCCUACCUAGUUUACAAAUUACACGCAUACCAUUCUGGUUUUGAGUUUCCUUUGAAAGUUAGUUAUGGGGAUCAUUCUUGGUAUAUAUAUUUACUUUGUCCUCAACUCCCAAUUAUUAGAGGAAAGGAAUAUAAAAACACCUACAACCCACUAAAGAGACACAAAAUGAAAGGCAUUCCAAAAGAACGUAAUGAUGGUUGGAUGGAAGUACAAGUCUGCGAAUUUCAAAGCCCCAUGGAAGCACACGUAUGGGAAUUUCAGACCUCCACUACUUCUAAAACGAUUUUGAGGGAUCGUCGAUUGCCACUUUCUGUUAAUGAAUCAGUGAAAGGGCUCACUCUACAAGGAAUUGAGUUUAAACUCAUGAAUUAAUUAAUUAAUUGUAAACAUUAUAGGGUAGCUAUACUUUUUUAUCCAAACUGUAUACCAUACCAAGUACAAUUGGUACAAAAAUUUUUGUUACCAAUAUCGUCAUAACUAAUAUACUCGGAAAAAACUUAUUAUGUUACCAACAAGGUUCCUU